AUGGCGGGGGUGGGAGCGAAGGGGAAACGGACUGGGCUCCCGGGGUUCUGCUGGAAAACCUGCUACUUUCACAUCCUCUUCUGGGUCGUGUCCAUCUGCGGGGAGGAGAGGACCUUCAUCGUGGAGACGUGGUUGAAGAACUAUGGCUAUCUUCUCCCUGACGACAUUCGGACAUCAGACUUACAGUCGGAGAAGGCCAUGCAGUCGGCGGUCGCUGCCAUGCAGCGGUUCUACGGCAUCCCAGUGACCGGAGUCCUCGACCAAACCACCAUAGAGUGGAUGAAGAAACCUCGGUGUGGAGUUCCUGAUCACCCACACAUCAGCCGGCGGAGGAGAAACAAACGCUACGCCCUCACUGGUCAGAAAUGGAGGGACAAAAAAAUAUCAUACAGCAUACACAACUUCACACCUAAAGUGGGGGAGAAGGACACCCAGAGGGCAAUACGGCAGGCCUUCGACGUGUGGCAGACAGUGACCCCGCUGACCUUUCAGGAAGUGGCCUACUCCGAGAUCAAGAAAGAAGGCAAGGAGGCCGACAUCAUGAUUUUCUUUGCCUCGGGGUUCCACGGCGACAGUUCGCCCUUCGACGGAGAGGGAGGUUUUUUAGCCCACGCCUACUUCCCUGGUCCUGGAAUCGGAGGGGACACGCAUUUCGACUCGGACGAGCCCUGGACGUUAGGCAAUGCCAAUCAUGAUGGUAAUGACCUUUUCCUGGUGGCGGUGCAUGAGCUGGGUCAUGCUUUGGGUCUGGAACAUUCCAAUGACCCCAGCGCAAUCAUGGCCCCCUUCUACCAGUACAUGGAGACACACAACUUCAAACUACCACUAGACGACCUUCAGGGCAUCCAGAAAAUAUACGGUGUCCCAACGGCGAUGUUGGAGCCGACUCGGCCUCUCCCCACCCUCCCAGCACGACGGACUCACUCCACAUCCGAGAGGAAGCACGACAGGCAGUCCCGCCCCCCGCGGCCUCCCUCUGGAGACCGGCCGUCCUCUCCCGGUUACGGAAAACCCAACAUCUGUGACGGCAACUUCAACACAGUGGCCUUCUUCAGACGGGAGAUGUUCGUUUUUAAGGAUCGCUGGUUCUGGCGUUUGCGCAAUAACAAGGUGCAGGAGGGCUACCCCAUGCUGAUCGACCAGUUUUGGAAGGGUCUGCCACCCCGCAUUGAUGCUGCCUAUGAGAGAUCUGACGGCAAAUUUGUCUUCUUUAAAGGUGAUAAGUACUGGGUGUUUAAGGAGGUCACGGCAGAGCCUGGCUAUCCUCACAGCCUGGUGGAGCUGGGUAACUGUCUGCCCCGUGACGGCAUCGACACGGCCCUGCGCUGGGAGCCUGUGGGCAAAACAUACUUCUUCAAGGGCGACCAGUACUGGCGCUACAACGAGGAGAAGCGCACGGCUGACCCGGGCUACCCUAAACCCAUCACCGUGUGGAAGGGCAUCCCUGAGGCACCUCAAGGAGCUUUUGUCAGCCGGGAAGGAUUUUACACCUACUUCUACAAAGGAAAGGAGUACUGGAAGUUUGACAACCAGAAGCUGACGGUGGAACCGGGCUACCCCAAGUCGAUCCUCAAGGACUGGAUGGGCUGUGACCAGUCAGAAAUGGAGAAGAACAAGGACAGGCACCUCCCCCCCGACGACGUCGACAUCAUGGUUGCCAUCAAUGACGUGCCAAGCACUGUAAACGCGAUCGCGGUGGUGAUCCCCUGCAUUUUGUCGCUGUGCAUUCUGGUCCUCGUUUACACCAUCUUCCAGUUCAAGAACAAAGCAGUUCCACAGCAUGUGACCUACUACAAACACCCGGUGCAGGAGUGGGUAUGACAGGCUGGGGGCGCCGCAGAGCCGAACUGACUAGAGGACCGCUAACGAGGGCUUAGACGACGUUUGGAAGCACCUACGUGACCAGUGCCUGUUGACUGUGUCGUAAACUGAGGGGAGGGGAAUCGAGACGUGGUUGAGUCCAUGUCGCUCCAUCUGUGACAAAACAAAAACGUCUCUUUUUUUCCGCACUGGAUUGCCGGGCGAGUGUUGGGUCGUGUGGACAGGAGCCGCACCAUCGCUUUGGCCUUACGCUCCUACGCCUUCCCUCCCUGCACUCCAGUCUGGCUGAGGUGAACAGUCUGAGGACCACCACACUGAACCCAAACCUCCGGAGAACAAGAGUAGCCAGACGCCGGCACCUCUUUUGUCUUGCUCUCCCCACAGACUCAGACUUGUACAGGAAUUAUCAUCGAACUAGCCGAAGAAGCGAAACAAAAACAGCAGAAAUAAAAUGUUAAAGACUCGAAUAACGAUGUAGGUAGAAAGGCCAUAGAAAAGAAUACCAAGUUUUGCUGAUCAUUUUAGUCUUUUUUGAUCUAUCGACUGUAAGAGUCAGCACCGGCGCUCCAGGGGUCUUUUUCGCGACAGCGAAUUUCUUCUCAGACUUGUCAAGGAGAUCAGGCGGCCUAACGUGGUACGACAUCAUGGUUUCUUUCUUACUUCUCUUCGUUUCCUAGGUUGCUCUCACUUCACAGGCACCAAGCAGAUCCCAUGCUCUUCUCCCUCUGUAGUAUCGCUCUUCUCAGCGGUUCCUCGUCUCACCACAUUCGGAGUGCUUUUCUGUGAGGAUUGAUAUCCUGAAGUUGUCUGUUUUUUUAACCGUAAGGAUAAAGGAGAGUCAUCUUUAAUCCCAGACUGUUCAUCAGUGGUUUUAACCAUUUGCCUGUAGUUAGGAUUCCCUUUUACUGUCACGUAUUGCUAUUAUAACUACCUACAUUUUCAUCAAGGGUCAUUUUUAUAAGCACAGUAUUGCCUAAAUAGAAAACAAGGUGGGAAUGUGUUUUUACAAACAGUCACAUUUGAAUUUCAUUUACCGAUUGUGGCAUUUUUUACAGAUCACAACGAUUUGUGGAAAAGAUUGUGAGUCUGGUUUAAAUGUAAACAGGGAAUAUCACCAAUUAUUCAUCUUUAAACCAUUUUGAUCUCGGCCUGUGUUUUGGCGCAGGGAGCGCCCAGAGUGUGCUUUGGGGAAGAUUUUCGGAGAUGUAACUUUCUUAGGCAAGGCCUUGUUUAUUAGUCACACAUAUCACACUACUGGAAAUGCGCCUCCCUCUAUAAAUAUGCAAAUAUUCAUAAACA